UUUCAAAUUUCAAAACUCCAGCUACGCUCCACCUACAGAUUAAAAGUUCAGGCGAAGUUCGAGAACCCUAGCUCUUUUCCCCAAGCAGAUUUCUGUUUUGUAUUCGUUUCUUCGACUGUGUCUUUUAGCAGCAGAGUUUCAGCGUUUUGCAGAGAGCAUUUCUUGGUUAGAAGGCCAAUAAAUUAAUUGAUUGUUUGUUUAUUCACUGGGUUUUCUGUUUUCCGAUUUGAUGGGUCCUCCCGGGAAGUGGAUUAAAUCGCUGAUCGGCCUCAAGAAGCCCUCCGAUGACGAAUCCGAGAAUGGGAGAAGUAAGGGACGAAAAUGGAGGCUAUGGCGGAGUUCAUCUGGGGGGAUGACUAGAUCAGCUAAAGGGCAAAAAAGUAUAGGCUAUGCGACGGAGACAGACGCAUCUGAGGCUUCUUAUGCUCUCGACUCUGAAAUGGCAGCCGCCAUGGCUGCUUUGUCCAAAGCUACCCCCAAGGAUUUCAUGGCGGUCCGGCGAGAGUGGGCUGCUGUCCGAAUCCAGGCCGUUUUUCGAUCUUUUCUGGCGAGACGGGCAUUGAGGGCGUUGAAAGCGCUUGUCCGACUUCAGGCAAUAAUCCGCGGCCGCCAUGUCCGAAAGCAGGCGGCGGUUACACUGAGGUGUAUGCAGGCAAUGGUCCGAGUCCAGGCUCGAAUCAGGGCUCAGUGUACUCAACAAGCCGCCGGAGAGCAGCCGGAGAAUCAAAAAGGAGUCGAGCCAUUAAAACUUGCCGAGAGUGGAUGGUGCGAUAGCCCCGGGACAGUCGAGGAAGUUAAGACGAAGAUGCAGAUGAAGUUCGAAGGCGCCGUGAAACGGGAGAGAGCCGGCGCGUAUGCCCUGUCGAGACAACAAUUGAGGAAGACGGCGACGCCGAAGAGGGUGGAGAAGAACGACGACGACUGGCUGGAGCGAUGGAUGGCGACGAAGCCAUGGGAGACGACGCCGAAAACGGUACUAAAUUCGGUGAAAUGCGACGAAUCGUUUUCGAGCGAUUGUUCCGUCGAAUCGACAUGUGAAAGAAGCACGACUUCGAAUUCGUCGACAGCGCCAGUUUCGUUCGACACUUUUGAAUCGAAAGGCGCGAAACCGAACUACAUGAAUCCGACGAAGUCGAUCAAGGCGAAGCAGAGACAACAGCAGACGGGCAGCAGCGCGUCUUCGCACAGCCAAUUCUUACAGCGACAUUCCGUCGAGGGAUUGCGAUAUCACAGAAAACCGAGCCCGCUGUCGAAAGGGAAGGCGAGGAGGAGCGCCGAGGCAGAAUCUAUCGAGCUGAUAUGUCCGAGGCAUUGCGGCGAAGAUUUCUGAUUAGCAAAAGUUGUUUGAAAACUCGACUUUGCGACAACUCCGACUGCCCGUUGUCGCCGGAGUUUUCGACGCUGCGAGAACUGUUCUGAUAGAUACAAGAGAUUGUAAAACUUAGAGGUUUAGCAUAAACUGUUACUGUCUGAAACUUAUGAAAACUUUUGUCACAGAUGAUUGAUUCUUAGUCCUAAGUAAGUAAUCUUAACUGACAAAAAGAUCGAAUUUUGUUGCCAGAGGUUUAAGCUAUUUGGAAUUUUGAAUACAGUUUGGCUGUCAA